AUGGUGGAAAAGAAUAACAAUUUGGUUACUAUAAAAAGUGGAAAUACUGACCAGAGCUCCCUUCCUGUCAUUGUGGCAUCAAUGUAUGGUAGAAAGCGAAUGGUUCACUAUCUCUACUCUAAGACCCCAAAACACCUACUAGACCCAAAUAACCCUGACCCGAAAUACAGAUUGGAUGGUGUGUUGCUACUGAAUAAUUUGAUCACCGCAGAUUUCUACGAUAUUGCUUCGGAGCUACUCAAGUUGUUCCCAAAGCUUGGCAUCAUGGCGGAUCACCAUGACAAUUAUGCUCUUCACAAAUUAGCACAUAAGCCUUCUGCAUUUGCAAGUGGAAGCAAAUUUCCAUAUUGGAAACAAUGGAUCUAUAACUGUGUGUGUAUACAUUCUCCUUGGGAAGUUGACACCAAAAUCAAUACCCCUGGUGAUCAUCAAGAUGAAUUCAUCAGCCACCCUAGCUCUCUACAUCAGCUAGGUUGGAUCAUGCUACGGCUAAUCGUACCCGAUAUCAAGCAUUUGCAUGACAGAAAGUUAGUAAAUGAUGAAGCAAGUAACCUCCUCGGCUGCAUUUUCAAGGAGAUAAAAGGCAUGAAACUCUUAGAGCUUGAAAGAUUGGAAAUUGACAAGGCGGUGCACAAUGCAAUUAAGCAUGGAAUAAUUGAGUUCGUAGAGGAACUAUUAACAUACAAUCCUGAAUUCAUAUGGAGGAAAGACAAAAGAGGAAGAACAACCUUUUCACAUGCAAUUGUUCUUCGCCAAGAAAAUAUAUUCAGUCUUUUCUAUAGAUUGGGAACAAAGAAAAGCAUAGUGGCAAGUCGACAUGAUAUAUUUCAGAAUAAUUUUCUACAUCUUGCAGCGAAGCUCUCUCCUCCGGCUCAACUUGAGCGUGUUUCAGGAGCUGCCUUACAAAUGCAGAGGGAACUGCAGUGGUAUAAGGUAGCACAAAGUUUCUCUGCGGUGCUACAGAAAAAAGAGGUGGAAAGCUUAGUACCACCCAAUUACAAAGAUCAAGUGAAUGAAAGCCACAGAAAGCCUGCCACUUUAUUCACUCAAGAACACAAAGAUCUCGCAAAAGAAGGCGAAAAAUGGAUGAAGAACACUGCAGGAUCAAGUAUGAUUGUAGGAACUCUUAUUGCUGCAGUCAUGUUCACGACUGCCUUCACUGUACCCGGUGGGAAUGACGAAAAAAGUGGCCUACCCAUAAUGUUACACACAGACAGUAACGUGUUCAUGAUAUUCAUGAUAUCAAAUGGACUUUCUCUCUUUCCAUCAACAACUUCUGUUUUGAUGUUCCUAGGAAUUCUCACCGCACGAUACGCAGAGGAUGAUUUUCUUGUUUCCUUGCCCACCAAAUUGAUCCUUGGAAUUGCAUGCCUUUUCUUCCCUAUAGUUACCAUGAUGAUAUCAUUUGCUACUGCAUUGUAUCUUGAGCUCCAUAAGACACUAUCAUGGGUCUCCAUACCUCUUAUUCUUCUAUCUACUUUCCCCGUUGUUCUUUUCUCUGCACUUCAGUUUCCUCUCCUAAUUGAAAUGGUUAUUCGUACAUAUGGAUCUUCAAUUUUUGACAAACAUAGUAAACAUGCCUCCAUGAUCAAGAAACCUCAGCAAUACCCCCCACAACAAAAGAACGAUGAUUACUCGAUGAAGGUGGAAGUUAUUGGAGAUUCGUCAAUGAAUGUCUGUCAGCAUGGAUAG